CCCCCCUGCCCCUACCACCAUCUCCUAUCCCAUUAUCACCGCCCGUGACGACCACGACAACCGAGGCGGUUGUCGUGACAGUCACCGCAUACGACAGUGGUACAGUCAGCCCAGGGGACGACCUACAGGUCGUACCCGGCAUGGUCAGGCAUGGCGGUAUGACCGGCGAGCCGGCGAGCUCGAUCGACGCACCCAACGUCCUGGUAGCUCCUAUGCGGACGUCGGGCAUACCGUGCGAUGCAUACGCGGAGGAGCUCGGCGGUGAGCUCAACAACGAGUACCUCACGGUACUCACCUCGCCGUCACCAUCUUCCAUCCCGAUACCACCAAUGACGUCGAGCCUUACGCUCGACGCCAGCAUUUCUGAGCUCGCCAGUGACCCGAAGAGCGAGUACACUUCAGUACUCGCAUCGCGACCGCCGUCACCCGCUUCCGUACCACUGCUCGCGCCGAUUGCGACCACCCUGAAGGUCGUCGCAAUGGACAGUGGUCCAUUCACACCACAGAACGACAUACUAGUCGUAUCUGUGGCCACGCACGGCGGCGCGUCCGGAGUGCAUACACGCAUUACUGACGCGUCCCACCUAUCCACGUCUGGUGCGGCACCGCCAUCGAGCACUACCUUCGAUGCAGAGGAUGCUGCAGGCGGACACGAUCGUCUGACUGACCAGGGCGAGUACUGCGAGGUACUCGCCCACCCACCUUCUCCCAUUACAGUGCCACCGCUGGGCGACACUGAAACGAGCCUUAACGAAAAAAUGGGCAGGCCAGAUCCCGUGGAUCGCGAGCAGUCGACCGAAACAUCUACAAAGGUAGAUGUGCGACAGGCUGCACCCGAGCCCGGAUGGCGACCGUCGGGACGCUACAUGCCACCUGCACGUCGCGCCCACUGGCAGCACCUCGAAGACCAACGUGGACUGGUCGCGGCUUACGGCGACGAACACUACACCAAGUACCGCGAGGUACUUGGCACAUCCAACGAACAAGACCGGGACCCACCGCCGAGCACAUCCAAGACGAAUGUGCCGUCUCCUUCCUCGGACCCGGGUCAGUCGACUGGAUUGACGUCGACUGACAAGUCGACGUCAAUAACUCCAGUAGUGGAGACACUUGGCGAGGACGAACCCUCGUCCUCGCGGGUGCAAAUACUCAUGCCGUAUGGUGUGGCAGGCACAUCCAGUUUACCAGGUGAUGCGCCCGCAUCGAAUGACGCGAUGACCAGGGCGUCGUCGCGCGCCCUAAUCGUCGACGUGAGUCAAUGGCCCACGGAUGAGGUGUUGCGCAAGUUGUGUUUCAGCCUCCUCGCGGACCAGCUCGACCACGAUUUCGACGAGGCCGAAUCCGCGGCGAGUGAUGGUGAGUGGGCCAUUUGGGCUCACUGCAAGAGAUCUGCACUCAGCUGUGGACAGGCCAUCGAGGAGAUGUCCCCGCGACCGGGGACAUAUUCUCGUGCUGCUCGUCGAGCAUGGGACCACUUCCAGAGGGAAUUGGAAGUGGUUCCUCUCGAGUUUGAUCCUCUGCUCAUUGCACCAUUACCUAUGGAGAUGGUGCGAUAUUGGGCCUACAACAAGCUGGGAUGGCUUGUUGUACCACCUCGCAGUCAACCUCGGGAUGACUCUGACUGGUAUAACUCCUCUGAUGAGGAGCCUCAUACCACCACUCGUGAGGAGUACCCUGACCAGAUUGAGUCGGAGUACUUCUCCGAGUCCGAGCACCAUAGCUUGUGGUACUCACGAAGUUCAGGGUCUGAAGAGACAAACUCGGUAGUAGUCUCUGACUACUACGAGCAGUCUGAGAUGGAGGAUAUCCAGAGUUCUUCUGCACUAUCUGCCGAAGAUGAGGGUAACUCGGAAGACGCAGACUACUACUCCAAGGCAGGCAUCGGGCGGACGAGCAGGCAUCGGGCGGACGAGCAGGCGGACGACCGUACACGCCGAGUGCUUGCGUGCUGGGCAAAUGCCCAGCACGCAAGCAUGCCCAACGACUGGACCGCGGGGCGAGCGAAGAAGAGGGAGAAUGGGCAGGCGCAAGGCACCGUCGGCGUGGCGACAUGA